AUGAUGACGGGCGGUCCCGUCGUCGUGCUCUUCUUCUCCCUACUUGUGUGCGCACUUGGAGGGAUAUUUUCUAAGACUACCUCGGAAUGGAAACAAUACCAUAGUCAUGAGGCUCUUCUUGACAAAUUAUUGGAGAUCGUUCAGAAAUGCCCACAGAUUUCUACGCUGUACAGUAUUGGACGAUCAGUCGAAGGACGUGAAUUGGUUGUCAUUCAGUUCUCCACUACACCAUCAGAACAUGUAGCCUUGAAGCCAGAGAUGAAGUAUGUCGGAAAUAUGCACGGGAACGAACCGAUCGGUCGAGAACUGCUCAUUCGCUUGGCUGACUAUCUUUGCGAUUCUGCUAUCAACAAGGAUAAGGAAGUCCUACAACUUCUGAACUCCACUUCCAUCCAUAUUCUUCCAUCCAUGAAUCCUGACGGGUUCGAUUUGGCCCUAAAUACGGAUCCUGCUGAUCGUGGGUGGUUAACCGGUAGAGGUAAUGCCAAUGGAGUUGAUCUAAAUAGGGACUUCCCAGAUCUUGAUGGAGUCUUUUAUGAGCUUGAGAAGCUGAAAGUACCGCGAUUCGACCAUCUCAUGGAACUGUUUUCUGAUGAGAAAGAACGCCAACCGGAAACAGUAGCAGUUGGUCAAUGGACUCUGUCGUUGCCAUUCGUGUUGUCCGCCAACCUUCACGAAGGGGACCUUGUCGCUAACUAUCCAUUUGAUUCCACCAAACAAGAGGGAACCAACCAGUAUUCUGCUUCUCCUGAUGACGGCACCUUCAGAUGGCUCGCACAAAAUUACGCCAAGAAUCAUGCUCAUAUGGCGAAGAAUGAUCAUCCACCGUGCGAUGGCACCUCUAAGGAUGCUUUUGCAAGACAAGGAGGUAUUACAAACGGAGCGAAAUGGUACUCUGUAUCCGGUGGAAUGCAAGACUUCAACUACCUCGCUACAAAUGCUAUGGAGCUCACCUUAGAACUCAGCUGCGAAAAGAUGCCCGACGGCAAGCAGUUGCCGCAGUUCUGGCAGGACAACAAGAAGGCACUCAUGGAGUACAUGUUUGCUCACAUCGCCAAAACCCAUGACCUGAAAGGUCAACUGCCUGAAGGGAGCAUGGAAUCCUUGACAACAACCGUUCGUUUCGUCACGCUGAACUGCCGAACACUAUCGAGUGAACUCCAACAAGCCGCUCUAUCCAGACUUCUGCGAUAUCUCUGUGUGCCUUUUUCUGCACUGCAGGAAACACGCAUGAGAGAUCGGCCCGUCAUCAGCAUCGAAAAUUACACCAUAUACUGCGGCGAUGCUGAUGAGAACAAAGUAGGUGGCUGCGCGAUAGCUGUGAGGAACGAUUACAAGAACCUGGUGGAGGAAUUUGGCUCAACGUCGUCUAGAUGCGCCUUUCUACGACUGCGGGAUCGCAGAGGACGUAAACUCUGGAUCGUAAAUGCUCACGCACCUACGGAAACCGCUGAGGACAACAGUAAGGACGCCUUCUAUGAUGAACUCAAUGCGUUGAUGUCUAAAAUACCAAGCCAGCAGGUGGUCAUUGUCGGAAUCGACGCUAAUGCGAAGAUGGGACUCGAACAGCAAUCCGAUGUGCUAGGAAAUGGUACUAUGCAGCGGAGCGCACGUCGGACAACGGUGACCGUCUGGUCGACUUGUGCGAACAGACGGGCCUCAUCAUCGCUUCCACGUUUAAGAGGAAUCAUCAACUCCAUCAGCUCACUUGGCAGGGCUCGACUGCGUUACGUUAUUCCUCAGUCAGAUAUCCGAAAAUCUAGAGCUGUUUGGGACGUCGCGUUCGACUCUGACCACCAGUUCUUCUCAGCUUCAAGAUACGGUUCCACAAGAGAAACCGAGAAGUUCCUCUUCAACCGAAAAUCGACAUGGCAGACCUUGCUGAACCGGCUAGCACCGUCAGCUCCUGAACUCGAGCACGUUCAUAGACCGACGUAUGCGGUUAAGGAGGAGCCACCGACCGAGUCGGAGGUUCUAGUCUGUAUUCAAAAAAUGAAGAAUGGAAAAUUUGGUGAAGACGACGGGAUUAGCGCAGAAAUUCUGAAAUGUCUUGCUCCGUCUGAGAUUCGUGAGAUGACAGAGAUCAUCCGUUCAAUAUGGAUAGACGAAAGGAUUCCUGACUCGUGGAAAUACGCUAUCAUAGUUCCCCUCCACAAGAAGUUAUCCGUCACGGACCCUAGGAAUUAUCGAGGAAUUUCUUUGUUGCGUGUUAUGUACAAGGUAUUGGAGCGGAUUAUCCCGGACCGACUCAUUAAACAUCGCGAAGAAACAACGCGCGACGAGCAAGCUGGCUUUCAUCCUGGCCGAUCUACGUUUGACCAGGUGUUCAUCGUCAGGAGAGUGAUCGAAAUCUGGGAACGGCCGUCUUUUCAACGCGCUACGUGCCGAUGGAGUAAGUUCGUUCGCUUGCUUGAUGACAUGAAUCAACGAACAACUGCUGCAGUUAGAACACCAGCCGCAUUUUCGCCAUCGACCACAUUAUGCGAAGAACACCAGUGUCCUGCCGACAUUGUCUUAGCACCAUCAGGGUAUCCCUUGACUGAUCUCGAGUACGCCGACGAUGUUGUUAUAUUCGCGGAAAGCAGUACGAAACUUCAGCAUGUUGUCAACCUUGUACCGAAGCUGACUGCAGCCUAUGGACUACGUCUACGCUCUGAUAAAUGCAAGCAGAUGUGGAUCUCUUCGAGACCUCGAACGGGAAUCAGGGUGGAUGGACAACCGAUAGAACUCGUCGAUGAGUUCUGUUACCCGGGCUGUACGCUGAAGAAAAACGGCAGCUACGAGAGAGAUGUUCAGCAAAGAUGCGCUAAGGCCACUUCUGCAUUUAACUCCUUAACGAAAUGCCUGCGGUCGGCCCCCAACGAAGUCGAGCUGCGAGUCUACCUAUCCGCAAUUCGCCCCAUCAUGAUGUACGGAUCGGAGACUUGGCCAGCACCAUCUACAGUGAUGGAGAGGCUUGAUUGCACGGAACGAAAGCUGCUUAGACGGCUACUUGGCCACUUUUGGCCUAGGGCAUGCCACAAUGAAGAUCUUUACGCAGAAAUUGAUGUGGUUUACUGGCGGAUGACACGUGGAAGAUAUCACCAUCUUGCACCGCCUUCGAAAGCGGCUAAAGUGAAUCGUCUUCGCUUCUUCGGUCAUAUAUUAAGGAGACCGGCAGAUCGUCUUAUUCAACGAGAUUUGAGGAGUUCGUCGGGUUCGAGCUGGAAGAAGCCCCCUGGCCGAAAACGGAAGUUCUGGAUUGAGGUGAUGAAAGAGGACCUGAGGACAUUCGCCGUGGAUAGGCAGUUCAGGCGAGACGUAAGGUUUCGCAGAAUAUGGAACAGUGACGAAUGGAUUGAUUCUGUGCAAGCUCUCGCAGAAGAUCGAGAAGGUUGGGCAGAGCUGUGUUCAAGGACGGCACACCUCGGCGAAGAUGCGGGUAAUCGCGUACAUUCUGGAAUCAAAGGUCUAGUAACCGAUGCCGUCACUGGAGAGCCAAUUAACGAAGCAAUUGUAUGGAUUCGUAACGGCACUGCACCGUUGCCGAUACGCCAUCCAGUCACCACAUGGCUUCUUGGAGAUUACUACCGUAUCCUGCCACCCGGACAUUACGAAGUAAUCGUCCAAGCCGAGAGUUACGAACCAAGUGCUCGCAAUGUGACCGUGACGAAUAAAGUCCGAGAUAGUGCCACGAUCGUCGACUUCGCACUGAAGCCGCUCAUCGAAAAACCACCAACGGAUGAAGAGAUCGUACAACUUGUUGAAGCUCUCGAACAACAAGGACAGGAGUAG